UUUUUGACAAACAUCAAUCUGGCGUAGUAUAUUGAUCUAAUAUGGUAUGUCAUUCUAUUGUAAAUUAUGGUUACCUAAAGUAUAAAAGAGAGGGACGGGAUACCGGACUGAUAAAUUUCCUGCUUUCCAAUUGCAGUUGGAGACAGAAAUCAUGUCUUCGAUUGAUUUAGAAGAAACUGCAAAAAAAUUAGGAAUAGACUACUUUCUGGUUUCUUAUUCACCACUAAAUGCGGAUUCCAGAUGUUCUCUAAUACCUAAAAAAGCAAUUAAAAUGGUUCAAGAUAAAGGGUGUGGGAUGCCUGCAGCCAUGUUCUUCAAAUCUUCUCCUGCCGAACCGGAAAUGGUAAUUAAACCUGACCCUUCGACGUUAAUUCAGUUGCCUUGGAAACCUAAUUUUGGAUGGUUAAGCAGGUUAAUGAAUUAAUAGUUUUGUGUUUAUUUUUCAAAAUAAUAAUGGAGAUAUUCAGAUAUCUAUGUAAAUUGUCUCUUUUUUAACCCUAUAGUGAUUUAUACAUGUAUAAUAAACCAUACGAACAAUGCCCCAGAGAUUGUUUAAAAAGACAAAUACAAGAUGCCCAAUCGAUGGGUUAUUUUAUGAAAUCUGGUAUUGAACCGGAAUUUAUGCUAUUAACUAAGGAUGGUAAGAGAUUAUAUGACGAAUGUGAUAUGCAGCAACCUAUGAGUCUUCAAGAUCCUCAUUCAACGCUAAGACAUUCAAAUUUCCUCUGCGAAUUAGCAGAUUGUAUGGAAAAAAUUGGUUGGAAUCCGUACGAAAUUGAUCACGAAUCUUCGUGUUGUCAAUAUGAAAUUAAUUUCGAUUAUGUUGACUGCUUGAAGAUGUCAGAUAGACAAAUGUUUAUGAAAUUUAUGAUAAAGCAAUUAGCCGAAAUACACGGCGUUAAGGCGUCUUUUAUGGCGGUACCUUUACCAGAAGUACUUUGUGCUAAUGGUUUGCACACUAACAUUUCGCUCUGGAAUUCUAACUCAACAAAGAACCUGUUUGAAGACGACACAGAUGAAAUCGGUUUAUCGUCGUUAGGCUAUAAUUUCAUAGGAGGUUUACUAAACAACAUUGAAUCGGCUUGUGCUCUUUACUGUUCAACAGUAAAUAGUUAUAAGAGGCUUAAUAGAGGCGUGUGGUGUCCAAACAAAAUAUCUUGGGGUGGUAAUAAUAGAAGUGUUCUCAUUAGAGUACCAGUUUCUGAUAGGAUAGAACUUAGAUUACCGGAUGCAGCAGCAAAUCCGUAUUUGAUGCAUGCUGCAAUAUUAUCAACUGGUCUUGAUGGAAUAAAAAAUAAAACGGAUCCAGGACCUAGAGUAGAUUUCGAUGUUCAAAACUAUUCUGGGCAAUUUAAAAAAGUUCCCAUGAGCCUUGACGCAGCAUUAAAUAAAUUGGAGUCUAAUGAAUUUCUAAGGGAAUCUCUUGGUCAAGGAAUAAUUGAUGGCUUUCUUCAUAUGAAAAGAAAAGAAUGGGACUCGUUUAUGUCCCAAAUUACCCAGUGGGAAAUUAAUUAUUAUUCCAACAUUUAAUUUGUCUUGUCUGUGUUGUUUGAAGUUUUAAAACCCAACAAAUUAUCAUAUAAUAGUUUUAUUUUAAUUCAAAUACACGUACAAUUAGAUAAAUUGGCAGA